AUGAGUGAGCAAGUGAACAGGAGAAAGUCGUAUAGAUGGACGAGUGCGUCCCAGACGAACUACGAUGGGGCUGAUUGGGACUCGAGCGAUGAAGAUGAAGAACAGAGCCAUGAUCAACCACAAAAGAUAAAGUUACCUACGCUUCCUAAACUUGAUUAUGGUGGUGAAGCACAGGAGUCUGCAAACACGGACGUAGAGCUACCGCCGAUGCCACAACAGGAAGUGCAACUACCUGAGGUGUCAUCACCAGAUGUUCAAUUACCUCAAAAAUUCUCUCGUCAAUCGAAGAACAGUCAAUUCAGUGAUGAUCUUGAUAAUUUAAUGGUACAGAUUUCAAAGGAGAUGACACCAAAGGAAUUACAACAGGCAAAGUUUGGUGAAGCUGAAGGUAAAGGCGAAGGUAAACGCAUACAGGAUGCCGCAGUUGGUGAAUCCUUCUCUUCGGAGCAAAAUACUGAAGAUGAUGAGAUGCAGGUGUCAAAAGGUGGAUAUUUUGCUAGUAUGGUUACUGAUGAUGAUAAUGAUGAUGACGAGGAUGACGAGGAUGAUCCGGAUACACAGGACCAUUACGAGCCCAUUGAACAGGAUAUAGUUAAAAAUGGAGAACAAAAAGAUAAUACUACUGUGAAUGUACCAGAAACACAAAGUGAAUCAACACUCCAUCUGGAGCAAUAUAGUACACCUCAAGCAACAACACAAACAAAUAUAGAAGAAACUAAGACCAUCCAGACUGAUACUGAGAGAAAGACCGAUAAUGAAAGUGAGAGCGAUAUUGAAAGUGAUAAAUCGUCAUUUUUUGAUGGAUAUGGUAGAAAGAAUAGCACCGAGCAAAACGUUGAAGCAGAACCACAACAAUCUGAGGAACACGAGGCUGGGAAUGAAUCUACAUUGGCGUCUGCAGGUGCACCGAUACCAGAUUUAUCCUAUCGAGAUAGCUCCGAUGAUUUCGAGGCCGAUAAUUCAAAUCAAUAUAAGUAUGAUGAAGAUGAAGAAGAUGCUUUAUCUUAUACAAAUUCGAUCAAAUAUGAUUCUGAAGAACCUCAAGAGGAUGAGUCUCCUUUUAAAUUUUCAAAUAAGAAGGUACGGGAAUCUAUAAUGCAUAGUAGUUCAUCUGAAAGCAACGAUAAAGAAAAAGAUGAAAAUUCCUCAGAUGAAAAUUCGACAAUGAACGUGUCGCAAUCUGGUUAUUUCUCAAAGAUGAUGCAAGAUGAUGAAAGCAUUCCGGAUACACCAGUAACCAAGGAAUAUACGGAUAACAUAGAACAUGACUUAGAUAAUGAUAAAAAUGCAGAUAUACUCUCUAUGCCAUCUUCAGUUGAAAGUAAAGGCAUUGCUGAGGCUGAUGAUGAUAAUGAAGAAGAUGAAGAAGAAGAUGAUGGUGGUAUGACAGAUAAAGAUGAUAUCCCUACUGAAAAUAGUAAUAUUGAAUUAAAAAAUACAACUCACGAUGAAGACAGUUCUAUACUUGACACUACUCAUGAAGAUACAACGCAGGAUAAUUCGACAUCUGGUGCUGAAAGCAGUACAGAAGACAAAGAGUCAGGAUCUGAUGAUGCAGGGACGAAAAGUGACGAAGAUGAGUUAAUAGAGAAUGAAAAUACAACAGGUCUAGAUAAAUCAAGACAAUCAGUGAACCUAGGCAAAUGGAAACCAGAUACAGAUUCUUUGAGGUCUGGGUUCGUUCAAGAGACAGCAAAGAAGGCACCACCGGGAUUUGUCUACGAUGAAAAUGGUAACUUAAUUGACUUGACUCCAUCCAGUAUGAAGGGACGUGCUGUAUCUACUUAUUCUGGUAUUGAGAGUGGGUGGAAUGCUUUCCCAUCAGAAGAUAAUGACAACUCAGGAGAUUUAGAGACCAUUGGAGAUACCAAGACAAUAUACGAUAACAAUACAAUUUAUAAUGUACCGGGCCUAAUAGGUCGUACAAAUAACUUACCACCAUUACCAAAUAAUAUAGACACCACUAUGAACAAUGAUAUCAGUAAUAAUGGUAUUGAACAAGAGGAUAAGACUAGACUUAGAUCGAUAUCGAACGCUACAUACUCCUCGGAUAAGAGAGUAGAAGGUCCAGGGAUCCAUCAGCCAAAUUCACAGGAGAUAGCAAAAAUAAAUCAAAAUAAUUCUAUCCCACAGCUGGAUUUAAACAAACUUAUAACCAGUAAUAUAUCCAAUGCUUCAAAAUACGAACAACUUACGAGCUACUAUGAAGAGCUAGGUAGUUAUGAUACGGGGAUUCAAACUUGGAUUAGUUAUUCUUUGAAGGCGUCAUCUAAGGAGAAAGAGUUUUUAUUCCAGGAAUACAAGGACAACAGACAUGUCAGAGAAGCAUAUGCCAACGCUGAGGACCUUACGAAGAAGAAUACAGUUAUCAAUACAGUGAACACAGUCAAUCAAAACGUGAACCACUUAAAGAAGAAAGUCUUCUCUCACACAAUGAACAGUAUGAAACCCAAGAUGUUAUUCUCUUCCAUCGGUAAGAAGAAGUUAUAG